AUGUCCAAGGUCGCUUUCAUCGUCGGCGCCUCUAUGGCCGCUACCGUCGCCUUUGGCCAGGCCACCACCACAAGUGCUGCAGGCAGUAGUGCAUUUACCCCCCUCGCUUCCAAGCGAUUCGAGUACACUGCUUUGCCCUACAAGGCCGACACUGGAGGAGGAGAGCGCGGCAACCAGUUUGGUUACAACAUCUGUAACUCGACUACCGAGGGGCCCACUUCGCUCUGCCAGACCGCGACGAUCAACUCGCUCGAUGACUUCUGCUUGUGGGGACCCCCUGAGCCUAAUUCGCUCAUCGGUAACACCGAGGGUGAGGCUGUAGCAUGGUGCACCAAGCCUGGUCGUGGUACCCGUCUCAUUCCGGCUGGCGCCUUGACUGGUGUUCAGUUCAUGAAGACUCGCUCAUACGUUCAGGUUACCGGUUUCAUCAAACAAGACCAGAUUAACAUUGCGGCCAAUGACGAUGGAGGAGAGAUGGACCCCCACGGUGCGGACCGUCGUGGAAACCCUCUAGGUGGAUUGUUGUUCUCCAAUGCUUUCCCCAGCAACGGUGGCAACAACAACACUUUCCAGCAAGUCGUCGAAUGGCACAACUUCAUGGGCGCCAACCAGUUCUGCCUCAAGGCUUGCGACCCCACUGAUCCUGACGAUGACAAGUACUGCGAGCACAUCUUCGAUCGUAUCGGCUGCAAGUACAAUGCUCCCGCCGCGUACAAAGAUGGUGUGUUCGAGUCUUGCCAGGGAGAGAAUCAAGACUUCCCGGGCAUCUACACGAAUGCGGCUGGUCAGGUCGUGACCUACACCCAGCCUCCUGAAUCGGCUGGCCCAAUCAACUCUAUCCCUUACGAGCCUCGCAUUCCGGCGUCGUCCAACUGUGUCACUUUCCAGAGCACUGCUCUUUACGCCGCGGCUUCUAGCGCUUCAAGUGCAUCUGGUUCAUCCAGUGGUACCCGCACCGCAACUACCGUACCCUCCUCUACGUCCACCGAUUCGUCCCCCAACAGUGCCCCGAGUACUUUUGCUUCCUUCAACGUUCUUGCCGUCGGAUCGGUCGCUGUCGCAGGGUUUAUUGGUGUCCUCGCUGUCCUCUAA